CCCAGUGCUAAGCAAUGAGUGUUAAACUGUAAACAGUAGGUGGGAGGCCUCUGUGAAGACUUUCCUCCCCAAGAAAGCUGGGAACGAUGUGGUCUGCUGCAGUAUCCCCUGUGGAGUGGUGUGUUCUCAUUCACUUUCGGAGGGGGCUGGAGAGACAUUUUACUUCAACCCCAUUUCUCUGCACCCAAGGAGUAAAUGGUUAAGUGAAAUUUCGUUACAGAAUCAGAGAAUGGUUGAGGUUGGAAGGGACCUCUGGAGGUCACCUUCGCCAAUCCCCCUGCUCAAGCAGGCCCACCUAGAGCUGGUUGCUCAGGACUGUCGUCUGGCCAUCGCCAAGGAUGAAGAUUCUACAGCCUCUCUGGGAAACCACUAGAAGGGCUCAGCAACAAGAAGGGGAGCACCAGUUCCCAGAUGCAUACCUAUUUGUUUCUGAAUCUCCAUAGAAAGGGUUUGUGGACAGCUUCCUUACAUCACCUGCUCCUAACUGAGCCAAGAAUAGUGACAGGAAAUGAAGUUGUAAGUAAAAGUGGAUAUAGAUUCCUUUUCUCUACAGUGACUGCACUUACAGAACAGGAUUCACCUCACCUUUCCUGGCUGUGUCUCAUUUGAGACAAGUAGCACCUGGACUUGUAUGUUUUUCUCCAUUGGCUGUAAAGGAUCCUAGGUUACUGGAGCUGAUUAUCUAGUUGACAAAGUUUGUGAUUUAGGGCCACCUUUUCUGGCUGCUGAAGCAAAAGAAAGAAAUGCAUGUGCAGUGCAGGCAUGCAGUGAAGGCUGGCUCCUGAAACUUCUUUGGACACAGAAAGUCACAUCUGACAUGGGGCUGAAAGCCAGCAAUGGAAAGAUGCUUCCUGCCCUGAAGGUAUUUUCUGAAAGCCUGCGCUACCUGAAGGAUCAUGCCCUGAACACCAUCCAAGAGGCUUCUUUCGAAACUGUCUACAGCAACGAGGAGAUCACUUGGGUCAUUACUGUCCCAGCCAUAUGGAGCGCUGCUGCCAGGCAGUUCAUGCGGCUGGCGGCAAAAGAGGCAGGACUUAUCUCUGACAUGAUCUCUGAGAAGCUGAUCAUUGCCUUAGAGUCAGAGGCUGCAUCACUGUGGUGCAAACAGCUUCCAAAGGAAGGGUUUAUGACAACCAGCAGUGACAAGAAGAAGUUUGAAGACUCCCCUGGGAUCCAGUAUAUCGUUGUUGACUGUGGAGGUGGCACUAUAGACAUCACGGUGCAUGAGAUCCAAGAAAACCAUUACCUGAAGGAAUUACACAGGGCAUCUGGAGGUGGAUGGGGAGGCAACAGAGUGGAUCAAAACUUCAUUGAUUUCCUCAGGGAAAUAUUUGUUGAUGGUGUAUGGAAUGAAUAUGAAGAGAAAUACUCUACUGAAUUACAACAUAUGAUGUACAGCUUUGGUCUACAGAAAUGCUCUGCUAGCAGAGAGGAUGUCUACAUACGUUGCUACUACAACUUGACCAAACUGGCAGAGCGCAAGAAGAACAUCUCCCAGUUCUUCAACAAGCACAAUGGAGUUGUGUGGUGUGAUGGGGUAUUCAUGGUUACGUAUGAGAAAAUGAAGACCUUUUUUAAUUACAGUAUCAGAAAUAUCAUUCAUACUUUGAGGGUAAUUCUUGACAAGCCUGAGAUGGCCAUGGUCCAGUACAUUUUGCUUGUAGGAGGCUUUUCAUCUAGUAUCAUCUUGAGAGAUGAGAUCAGUGAGGCCUUUAGUGAGAAGUAUCAUAUCCUAUGUCCUUUGGAUGCCCAAGCAGCCAUUGUAAAAGGGGCGGUUUUAUUUGGAGUCAAUCCAUACAUAGUUGCCUCAAGAGUCAGUGCUCAGACAUAUGGCGUAGAAGUAGCUCAGGAAUUUGAUGCUGCUAUCCAUGACUGCAGCAAAAAAAGGAUCUCAGAAAAGGAUGGCUAUAUCUAUUGUACAGAUCUCUUCAAGAAAUUGGUUGGAAUUGAUGAAUCAGUGAAUAUAAAUGAAGAUGCCCAGUAUUAUUUCCAUCCAUUAGAAGCAGAUCAAACACAAGCAAAGUUUUCUUUCUAUUGUACAGAAAAGCAGGAUGCUCAGUAUGUAGAUGAGGAAGGGAUAGAAUUCCUUGGCUCCUGUACAGUACCAAUGCCAGACACAAAGCUUGGGAAGAAGCGCCAGCUGAAGCUGGAUAUUAAAUUUGGGCUUACUGAAUUUAAAGCCACAUGUACUGACAUUACUUCCAAACAAACACAGACAAUUACAAUUGAUUUUUUAUCUGUGUAAAUUCUCAGUACCUUGAGCAGAAAGGACAAUAACUCAAGGGAGAACAAGGCUUCAGUGGGAGACCAUAACUCAACAAUAUAUUCAAAUGGACCAUAAAGUUAAUCAUUCAGCCUUCUGCUUGCACAGAUUAACAAUUUGCUAGUCUGAUUCUCUGUGAUUUUAUGAUUCUAUAGCUCUUUCCAUUAUUCACCAACCACCCUUUCAGGCUAACACAUCUCCUUCUGUUGUAUCUGACAGCAGGAUUAUCUGCUGCUUUAUCUCUUGCCCUUCUAUCUUAGCCCUGUUGCAUUGCUGAAUAGUCCAUACCACCAAUAUAAUCAUCUGUACUUGUGUUUGAUAGAAAGCUUCUGGACAGGUGUCUUAACUUCCAGAUAUACCAGACUAUAACUAUUUCUUUUAGCCUGAUGUCUUAUACAUUCUUUCUUCCUCUGAUAUCAGAUCUCUUCAUCUGGAGUCCAGGUUUAACUCUGCCAAUGGUGAUGCUGAAUGGAUUUCAGUUCUCUUCAGGACAUCACUUACAUAGAUUGUGUGUAAUUCAUGUGCUCAUGUCUCAGUCAAUGGUGCUGUGAGGUGUAGUAACUCAAUGUAGUCGGGGAGCUUGUAUCCAAAACCUGUUGGAGUGUUGUUUCCAUUAAACCAUUGGGUAGUUUGAUCUUACUGACUAGAUACAAAUGACAGGUGGUAACAUUACAGAUAUGAACAGUGCUUAUGCUGCUGCCUGAGCUCCUCUAUAAAGCUCUGGGUACCCUCUACAUCUCUGACUUGGGCUUGGUAAUUUCCAUAUUCGUAAAAGCUAAUUUCUUUGCCUCCUGCUUACAGCACCUGUGCUCAAGUUCAGCAUAGCAUGAACUGUAUGAGCCCAAAUUUAUCCGAGAAAACAAUGUGAUACUGCAUUGUACCUGCUUUGGCUGGGGUGGUGUUAGCUUUCGUCACAGCCACACUUAUGUUGCUGUGUGACUUGUGACAAAAAUGGUGUUGAUGGCACACUAACGUUUUAGCAAUAGCUGAACAGUGCUUGUGCAGUGGCAAGGCCGUCUCCGUUUCUUGCUCUACUCCUGCAGCAAGGAGGUUGGACAGGGGGGUGGGUUGGGGAGCAAAGGGCUGGGAGAGGAACGCAGCCAGCACAGCUGACCCAGGCCAUGUUCUAUACCCUGUAACUUCGUGCUCAGCAAUAAACCUGGGCAGAGUUUCUCCAAAGUAGCUAUUGCUUGGAAACCGGCUGGGCAUCGGUCUGAUGAUGGGGUGUGACGACUACUGUUGUGUCACUUGGAUCUUGUAUUUCUCCCCCUUCAUUAAGGGUGUAGCUCAGCACCAGCCUGUCCCAAUGCAAAUACUUUGUUAAGCUGGGUACUCUACAUGAAAAUUCAGUGCUGCCAUCUUUAUUAGCUGUAAUGACUGUGUUAGAAUCACUGCUAGCUAUGUUAUUUAAUGCUGUCAAUCAUUACAGCAGCAUUCAGAGAAUUACUCCAUAUAUAUACUAUACCCCAUGAUGUACAAAAGCUGGACUAUUUUGAAUAUAUCACCUUUGUUUUCACAUUUAAAAUCCU